AAUCUUCUUGAUAAUGGCAGUUACACCUGACAUGAAAUGGCAAACGGCAGAUGCUGCGAAGGAAGAAGAUAAAAGCUGCUGAUGGCUUGCAGCUACUUCAGAAAGAUGUUUACAAUGAGUGUAUUUACUCAGAUAAGAAGAAAAAUUACCUCACCUGCUAUAGCCUAUGCCUCAACUCAUCUUCAACUGUUUUGAACAACUGUUGUGCAAGCUUCUUGUGCUCAUGAUCAUUUACCAAACCUGCUCCAAAAGGUGCCAAAGCACCUGUCCUUCACCUCGAGAUGCUCUUGGCAUGUGGCUUCAUAAUACUAACCCUGAACCAAUAUCACACACUCCCUGCUAUUGCUGGAUGAGGAAGGUCAAGCAUCGGAAUGAAACCUCCACUCUGCCUAGAUAUGGAUCGCAUGAGUGGACUCAGGGAGCGAGACGUGUCGCGCAUCAGGACCCUCCUGGACGGCAUCGGACGGAGCAGCUCGCUAGCUCCAAGGUCAUUUCUCAGCACAAGGUAACAUUAUUUGCAUUACUGAGCAAACCAGGAAGCGAACCUGGCGGUGCAAGCGCGUGGAAGGAGGGAGGCGGCACCGGCGCUAGCGCGGAAGGAGGAAGGAAGGAGGCGGCGAUGGGCCGGCGGCGACUGCGGCAGGCGUGCGGAAGGAGGGAGGCGGCGGCGCUGUCCACUGGCAUCGUAGAGGGAAGAGGAGUUGCCGGCGCGCAGAGGAAGGAAGGCGGUGGUCCUGGUAGUGGAGCUCGAGCAACGACGAGGAGUGGCGGUGGUGCUUGGGCUGUGGCAGGCAGAUCCGGUGGGGGAUGGACGUGCGAGCUUUGAGCAUCCUCUUACCUCCCCGUCGUCGCCACCACCUUGCCCUCUCUCUGCCGGCGCACAGCCUCGGCUCGCGGCGCGCCGCCGUCACCUCGCCUUCUCCCUGCGUGUGGAGGAGAGAAAAGAGAGAAGAAAGGAUGAGAGGAGAAGAGAGAAGGUGCAACCAGGGACAAAAAGGUCCGAGAAAAAAAUAAAUGGAUGGAAAAUGAUUUACAAGUGCAACAAAUAGAGAAAAUGGCAUUGUUGCGAAUUCCCACAGCUUAAGAGGCGAAUGCCAUUUUAACGAUAGUAUUCUAGUGAAGCCAGUUUUUAAGGAUGGCACAUAUGCAAAUUUCUCCACGAGUAGUAGUAGGAAAGGAAGGGCAAAUUCAGAAUCGACUAAAUUCUACUGAAUUAGUAUCAAAUUGAUAUGCUCCACCUUGAUAAAUCAAACUAUAUCUCUAUAUGUGUAUAUGCAUCCCCGUUAUAAGAAAAAUACAUCUACCGAA